UUGAUUUGUUUUGUUACUGUACCAGUGUUUUUAUUAACUGUAGCUUGUAGUUCUUAAACUUGCAUAUACAGGACCAGAGCGUAGUGGCCUGCAAGCUGUAAACUUUGUUUCUUCCUUAGUGGGGUAGUACAUGGUGCAAGAUGUUACUCAGCUUCACGACUCUAAAGAAUGCCAGAGAUGUUCUGCCAGCAGAGAUUCUCCAAUAUAACAGCAGUAAAUUGAAGGGAAAUUCUCAUCUGUGCAAAUGCAGAGUGCAGGCUGGAAUGGUCCCAUGAUUCCAUGACAGUGUGGGAUGAGGACCCAGGGGCCAGGCAAUGGUUAAGGCUGCCUAUUUAUGGCCUACAGUGGGUACCCUCUACGUUAUCUUUGCGGAUGGAGACAGGCAUGGUUGACGUCAAGAAAGGAUGUGUUGGCGGAAGGCGGAGGUGCUGUGGAGCCAGGAUGAUCAUCUUUUGGCUCUGACAAACAGAACAGACCAAAACAAAAUCGUAAGACCGGAACCUUGAAGCAUACCAGGCCCAAAAAUUAAGAGUCAUUUGAACAGGAAACAGAACCACCCUGCAUAUGUCAAUAAGGUUAAUGAAGUAUGUGCUACCACACAUUGCUAUCUUACUCAGCUCUCCACUUCGAUCACGCCAUAUGUAAAAGGAGGAGGAGGAGACGAUUGGGCUGUAUAUAAGGAGGGCAGAAACUUCAUUGAAGUACAGGGAAGACCCAAAAAGACCUCAGGGACAGUCAACGGACGACUCUCCUCUCUCUCAUCCCAAGCAGGAACGUCUUUGUGAACCACCUGUCAUGUCACCUAUUGUUGGGGGCUUCUCUGACCCCAAGUGUGCUGCUCAAGACGUCCAGGAUAUCACCAACGCGGUGAAACUACAGCUUGAAGUGAGGGUAAACGGGAGAUAUGACAUCUUUAGAGCCAUACUCUACAGGAUUCAAAUAGUUGCUGGGGCAAAUUACUUGAUUAAGGUCCAAGUUGCUGAUACUGAAUAUGUCCACUUAAAGGUGUUUGUGGGCCUUCCUCCGGAGAACUUAUAUCCUGCCCUUGUCAGUUUUCAGACUGGCAAGACCAGAGAUGAUCCUCUGGACGACUUCUGAGACACGAUGAGGGCAGUGCCUCACUUCUACAAGUCACGUGGGGGUUCUGACCAUGACAGUAAAUGCAUGAAAAUAAAAUAAGGCUUGAAAGCUA